GCUCGUCGACGACUUCUCCGAUAGAGCUGAGCUCGGCGAGAAGCUGGACCUGUACCUGAAGUACCGGCUGCCCCCGCUGGUGCGGCUGGUGCGGCUGCAGGAGCGCCACGGGCUGAUCGAUGGAACCCUUACUCCAGAGAAUCAAGGAGAGCCGUUCUGCUGUGGUUGUCCCCAUCAUAGAUGUGAUCGAUGACAAGACACUCGAAUAUUACAAUGGCAAUGGGCGUUACUUCCAGGUGGGAGGAUUUACGUGGAGUGGCCAUUUCACCUGGAUUGAAAUCAGUGACGCAGAGCAGAAGAGACGAGGCAGUCCAGUUGGUGCAACCAGAUCCCCCACCAUGGCAGGUGGAUUAUUUGCCAUCGAGAGAAAUUAUUUCUGGGAAGUUGGCAGCUACGACAACGGAAUGGAUGUCUGGGGAGGAGAGAAUCUGGAAAUGUCCUUCAGGGUCUGGAUGUGCGGGGGCACCUUGGAGACGAUCCCCUGUUCCCGCGUCGGCCACAUUUUCCGCUCCUUCCACCCCUACACGUUCCCCGGAAACAAGGACACUCACGGACUCAAUACCGCGAGGCUGGCUGAGACCUGGAUGGACGACUACAAGAGACUGUUUUACUUGUAUAGGCCAGAGUUACAGAAUGCAGACUGGGGUGAUAUCAGUGAGAGGAAAGACUUGAGGAACCGUCUUCAGUGCAAGAGUUUCAAGUGGUACCUCGAAAACAUUUACCCAGAGAAGUAUAUCCUCGAUGAAGAUGUUCUAGCCUUUGGUCGUGUGCGAAACUUUGCCUCGAAUCUGUGCCUUGACAUGCUAGAAAGGGAAGACAUCGACAGCCAGCCCUUCGAUCUGGGGCUGUACUCGUGCGACCACGCGCCUCUCAGGAAUGAGUUUAUUAGCAUGUCCAAAAAUGGGGAGCUUCGUAGAGAGGACGUGUGCGCCGAGGUACCUGUAUUCUCCUCACAAGUUGUGGAGAAGGUCAGAAUGGUGCGUUGUCAUGGCCAGCGCGGGAAUCAGGAGUGGGUGUUAGCAAAGACUGGGCACAUCAUACACAAAGCCACAAACAAAUGCUUGGAUAGAGGAGACAAGCAGGCCAUGGAUGAUGUGUUCGUGACGACCUGUACAAACACAAGGACGCAGCAGUGGUGGUUUGAUCAUUACCUGCCUGUCAGUUCAUACUAUCCUUGAGAUGUGACAGGACUAACACUUUAUUUACAAAAUGUUUUGGGAAAUUCAUGAAUCAGGGAUAUAGUAUGAUUUUCAGCAGUGGAGAGGCAGAACUCUAAAUUAUGUUUCAUAAAGGCUCAAACUUCUACAUUAGUGAAAAUGAUACCAUACCCUGGAAAUCAAAAUUAAAUGAUAGAUUUUUUAAUCUCUUGUUGUAUAGAUAAUAAUAAUUAUUAUGAAACACCUCUAAACCAGUCAAGAGUGUAUGUGUCAAGAAUGCAAGUAAUAUCUGUGAUUUCUGAGUUCUUUUCCACACAAGUUAUAUGAAGGUCCUCAUAGUACGUAAUCAUAGGGUGGAUUUUGUCUUAAGCUGGCCAGUUUUAUAUGAAUAAGAUGAGGACUUGGAGGUUGAGACAGAAAUAGUCAUAACAUACUGAUAUUCAGUCGGUAGUG